CCAUCAUCACGUCGCGAAUCCGAAUUCCGGGAGUUCCCUCAGUGGUAGCGGCGGUGGCGGGAAUCAGGUGGUGCCGACGGCCGCCGCCGCAGUGUCCGGCCAGCCGGGCGACAAUCAGCUCAGGUCGCAAGAGUGACCCAGGCCUAGGUCCGCCGCAUCGCCGACGUUGUCGUCGACGCCCUCGUCGACGACCUCGCACCCGCAUUACCUCAUGUACGACGAGGACGGGUCCGCGGCGGACCAGAAGAUGGACGUGGACGAGCGUGGAGUCAUCGAGGCGAGUGGCAUGGUAAAUCCUGAACAGGUGGCCGCCGCCACCGGUGGCAUCGGCGUGGGUGUCGGUAUUGGCGUGGGCGGACCAGGCACAACCGCCGGAGGUGGUACCGGACUAACUGGCUACUGGCAGCACGCGACCACCGCCACCGGCUACUGGCCGUCGUUUUUCGACUGCUGGACGACUCCGCCGAUCGCGUCCGGCUCGCAGACGCUGUCUUUGCCGCGGGACGACGAUUGAGGCCAGUAGAAUCUUAUCGAAUUAUCAUUGACGUUGCUGUGAUUCUCUCCGAUUGCUCGCGAGAUCUCGUUUUGCAUAUCGAAUGUCUAACGCGAACACAUCUUGGAAGCCAGUUGUACAAAAUCGACUUGAUAAGUCUCACACACAAUAUGUAAGCCAAAAUAAUUGUUUGCAUUUUACACUGCUUUUUUAAAAUAUCCGUAAAGAUAAAAAGACGUGUUUUUACUACAUUGAUUAAUCCUCGAGUAAAAUUGAAGUUGUGUCGAAGCAGAAAGUAAUCGAUUCUUGCAAAUUUUGCGGACGAUAAUGUCUAAUAUCGAGAUCUUCGUGGGAUAAUCGGGGACAACAGCAACGACGAGGAAUCCGUGUCUGUCGCAGUGAUCAAGAUGUUGACAGGACUUGCAGUCAACACUUGCUAACAUUGUAAAUACGAUAAUAAAACACGAGCAGCGACUACGUCGGGCGCGUUCGACGGACUGCGAAUUCAGCGAGUUCCGUAGAUUCGCGGAUAUUCCUCAAGACAGGUCAAAGUUGACGGAGUACAAAUGUUAAGCUUCCGCCGCGAUCGUGAAUGCUUAACCCCCCGAUUUUCUUUCCGACUUUACUUUCGGCGAUCCAUCGUGCUGUAUAUACUUACCUAUGUCGCGACUGUAAAUGAAUGCGUAAUAUUAUUUCGCUCGGGAGGAACAAGAAAAAAGAAACGCGUUUCCCCGAGUCGAGCGACGCGAACGCGCUAAUCGUAUACGACGCCUGCUUUAAUGAUCCCUUGGUUUUCCCUUGGUUCUUUCGGCGCGACGCGAAAAGUCGGAGGGUUGAUUUCUGAGAGGAAAACAACAACGCAAGAGCGACGCGGCUAUGAUAAAGAUCCCGCGUGGAUCACGUACUCACUAUUCUGUAGAUACAUGUAUAGUAGAUGCGCCGGUUUGUGCGCGGUGCGUAACUGUAUACCAAAACAAUUGUUACACCGUAAUGACGAUAAUAACGACUAUUCAGUGCAGAAUACGGAAACCCUGUAGGCUGUAAGUUAAAGCGUGCGGACUGUACAGUGUAUGGAAUAUCAUAAUCGACUAGGCGUACGUUAUAAAUAUGAAUUAGUAUCGUCGAGUAAUUAUCGAAACAAUAUUCGCAGUUAUCCUCGCGCGGCGCGUGCAAUUGGACUUUUCGGGAUCCGUCGAGACCUACCACCCCUACCGAAACUACUCCUUAUCGUUCCAGCGGCAGCGUUUUAACUUAUACGUAUGUCCCUUGAUUGUGUGAUUAACGGAGCGUUGACGUUAACCAACGAAAUGUCCUAUUUUUAUAAGUAGCUUAUUAUUUGAUAUAGACCGCAGAGAGAAAGAGAGAGAGAGAGAAAACGAGAGCAAGAGCGAGAACGAGAACGAUACCAAAGUUGAAUCCAAAAAGUACCCACAUAUGUAUAGCGAUGACGCCGCGCGUCGAGGCCACGGAGGUAAUUGUGUAAAUUAUUAUGUAACGGGGGAGUGUGGUGGUGCGUCUCUUGGAGAGAGAUUUGGACCGGGGGGAGAUGUAACGACGACGACGACGACGACGCGAAUCUAUCGACUUAAAAAGUCGACAGCGCGGCCUGGCUGAUCUCGCGCUGUAGAUCGGCACGUAGCCACUUAAGGAACGUUAGAAGCGAUCGCUAUUUUGUAUGGAUCCCGAUGUCGUACAAACGUUCGUCGUAAUCAUGUCUAGCCCUAGUCCUCCCCGCGGCGAGCGAUCCGCGAGCAGUCGCGUAUGGGGAGGACAUACCCCGUUCCCGUUUGUCACCUCACUCACUACGUGUAAACGUUCCUACUGGGCGAUAUUGAGCGCCGUAAAAGGCCCCGUUUGUAAUCUAGUCACAAUAAAAAACUGAUUCUAUUCUAAA